GGACGCGAUCUCUCUGCAGCCCUCCCGAGUAGCGAUCAAACAAUAGUCGUAAAAACCCCCUCUCCUGGUGUCUUCUCUAUCGUUUCCUUCGCGGAGAGGGAGCGAGAGGGCAUCUCUUUUUCCUCUCGGAGAACUGGAGAGAAGUUCCUGCGAUCGAGAGAGAGAGGAGAAGAGGGAGAUCGAGAGGAAUGUUUGAGGAGAUCUCAAUAGGAGCGAGGGAGAGGAAGGGAGCGGCGGCGGAGGAAAGGGGCCACUUUCUCCCUCCCUCUCCUCCCUGGGUCCACUCGUAGUCUUGGCGAAGAGACACGAAAGGGGGCUCCGUUGCUUCUGGAUUUCUAGGGUUUCGUUCGAUCUGUGCUUUGUCGGGUGGUGGGAUGGAUCCCGGUCUUCUGGAUGAUAUCAUAAGGCGGCUGCUGGAACUGAGGGGAAGUCGGGCGGGGAAGCAGGUGCAGCUCUCGGAGACGGAGAUCCGGCAGCUCUGCGUCGUGUCGAGGGACAUCUUCUUGCAGCAGCCCAAUCUUCUCGAGCUCGAGGCGCCCAUCAAGAUUUGUGGUGAUAUUCAUGGGCAGUAUUCUGAUCUGCUACGGCUUUUUGAGUAUGGUGGAUUUCCACCUGAAGCCAAUUACCUGUUCUUAGGAGAUUAUGUGGAUCGGGGAAAGCAAAGUCUUGAGACAAUAUGCCUCCUUUUGGCAUAUAAAAUUAAAUACCCUGAGAACUUUUUCCUCUUGAGGGGAAAUCAUGAAUGUGCAUCUAUAAACCGUAUAUAUGGGUUUUAUGAUGAAUGUAAGCGCAGAUUUAAUGUGAGGCUUUGGAAAGUCUUCACAGAUUGUUUUAACUGCCUGCCUGUCGCAGCUCUCAUUGAUGAAAAAAUUCUUUGCAUGCAUGGGGGUCUUUCUCCAGACUUGACUAAUUUGGAUCAAAUACGAAACUUAGCUCGCCCUACUGAUGUGCCUGACACUGGCUUGCUCUGUGAUCUUCUUUGGUCAGAUCCAAGUAAGGAUGUUGAAGGAUGGGGAAUGAAUGACAGGGGGGUUUCAUACACCUUUGGCCCCGAUAAGGUGUCUGAGUUCCUUCAAAAACAUGAUCUAGACCUCAUCUGUCGUGCUCAUCAGGUGGUGGAAGAUGGAUAUGAAUUCUUUGCUAACAGGCAACUUGUGACAAUAUUCUCAGCACCAAACUACUGUGGGGAAUUUGACAAUGCUGGUGCAAUGAUGAGUGUAGAUGAUACCCUGAUGUGUUCUUUCCAAAUAUUAAAGCCGGCAGAGAAGAAAAAGUUCAACUUUGGGAGCACAACCACAGCUAAAACUGGAACACUGCCACCUGGAGUCAAGAUAUUGGACCAUGCCAUGAACUCAAUUCUUUCCUUUUUGUCAUACAUCUGCGGAUUACUCGGUUCCUUACUUUCACCUGAGCUGGGCGCCACUUUCUCAUUUCCCACAACUUUUCCACUUGAUGAUAAUUGGAUCAAAAAAUGUCUAGUCUUUUCUAGGUGCGAAGGUAUGAGAAUGUGGAUCGUGAUGGUUGAUGCAAAUUUACUGUCAAAAAUCUGCAAGAGCUCUAUUAAGGGAGAGCCCAAAUUCCACAGAUGUUGCUGAGUUCUGUUCUUGAAAUAGAAUAGUCGGCAUGCAACACGCUUUGAUGUCAAUGUACGUUAGUCAUGGAUUAGCUUGUUUUAAUUGUAUCAUCAGUUUCACUCUUAAGAGAUGUCUUAUCCUGUGAAUUCUCUCAUUCGUCUGAAUUCCUAAGUCUUUUGAAGAAAUUAGGAAUUAAUAUCAAGAGUUUUGAAUCAUGUAAUAACUGAUAUAUUCUGUAGACUUACGUAGAUUAUGUUGAUGUGGCAUCUGUCUUGCCUCGUUACGUGGUGCAUGUGUUUGCAUAGAUCGUCUGUUUGUUUUAUGUUUGUGUAUAUUCAGUGAUAGUAUGUAGUAUUGGUUGCGUCUUUGUUAUAUGCUGGCAUGCUGUUUUUUCG